AUGUCGAAAGAUCCUGACCGACCAAACAUUGUGCUCGUCUUGGCCGACAAUCUCGGCUGGGGCGAGCUUGGUUGCUACGGCGGCGGCGAGCUUCGAGGCGCAGCGACGCCUCGCAUCGACAAACUGGCCACAGAAGGCCUGUUGCUCCAUAACUUCAAUGUUGAGAGCGACUGCGUGCCGACACGUUCCGCUCUCAUGACCGGCCGACAUCCAAUCCGUACAGGUUGCCGCCAGUCAGUGCCCGCCGGAUUCCCACAAGGCCUGCAACCGUGGGAGCGAACCCUUGCCGAGUGCCUCCGAGAUAAUGGCUACACAACAGCUCAUCAUGGGAAGUGGCAUUUGGGUGAUGUUGCGGGCCGGUACCCCUCCGACAGGGGCUUUGACGAAUGGUUCGGCAUCCCGAGAACAACAGACGAGACGCAGUUCACCAGCGCCCUCGGCUAUACCCCGGAGGUGGCAGAGCUACCCUACAUAAUGAAGGGGAAGUUAAAUGGGCCAUCUGAGAACGUUUGCGUUUACGAUUUGGAGAAGCGCAGGCUUAUCGACGAGAUGCUGGUCGAUAAGUCCAAAGAUUGGUUAUCUCGACAGGCCAAAGCAGGAAAAGCGUUCUUCUUGUAUCAUCCACUGGUUCAUCUACACUUUCCGACCCUGCCUCACAAGGACUUUUCUGGCAAAACGGGCCAGGGCGAUUUUGCAGACUCAAUGGCCGAAAUGGACUACCGUGUAGGCGAGAUCAUUGACCACAUAGAUGAACUUGGAGUUCGAGAGAACACUGUCUUCAUCUUUGCCUCAGACAAUGGCCCGGAGUUCAGGGAGCCAUAUCGGGGAACUGCUGGUCCAUGGUCAGGAACCUACCAUACAGCGAUGGAGGGUAGUCUUCGGGUCCCGUGUAUCGUCCGUUGGCCCGGGCGUGUUCCUGCCGGUGUCACCAGCAACGGAAUCGUCCAUGUCACCGACAUAUUCUCAACUAUCCUUUCCGCGACGGGUUCCGCUGUUCCUUCAGACCGGCCGAUAGAUGGUGUCGACCAGCUGGAAUUUCUGACGAAGCCCUUGGAGACGCCGUCGCCUCGUCAAGGUUUCUUGUUCUACAUCAAAGACGAACUCCGCGCCAUCAAGUGGAAAGACUGGAAGCUUCACCUUGUCUGGGAGCCAAAGGUAAACCAGUCGAGUGGCAAGCUGGAGUCUCCUUAUCUCUUUAAUGUCGUUCGAGACCCGAAGGAAGAAACGGAUAUUCUGGCUUACAAUACUUGGGUUCUGCAGCCUAUGUUCAAGCUGAGAGCGGAAUUUCAGAAGAGCCUGAAAGGUGAUCCAGCACCACCUGACCCACUCAAGGAUAUGUAG